AAAUUUUGGCAUGUUGAAACUCUAAGAAAACAUCCACAAAAUAUUUCUGAAUGGACAGGAAACAAUCUCUUCCCCCUCCCCCUCUCUGUCCCUUCGACGCCGCGUUUACCAGCUCUCUCUCUCCUCCUUGCUCCCCCAUCAUCUCAACCUUCUCUGCUUCUUCCUCUUUCUCUCUCCUUCUGGCUCAUUCCGGCCUCAUUUCUUAUUACGACCCCACUAGUCUUUCUUUCUCCUCUACUACCCCCACCCACCUCGAUCACAUCUCCACCAUCGCUUCAUUCUCCAACGAUGCUCAAAUCUCUGCCAUCGGAUCCGGGUCGUACUCUUACCCGGGUCUACACCUCUACAGUAAUCAUCAUGUAGGGUCAGUUUACUGGGUAGAUGAUUCCGACACUAGGAUCCACAAAUCCCGAGUCACCGCCAUCUCUGACUCAGUGAGUGAGAGUGACUCGGUGUGUUACGUGGGGUUUGAGUGUAGGCACGGGGAGAAUGUUGUGUUGGUGGUUGAUAAGUCGACGUUGAAGGUUGUGGGAGAGAUAGGGAGACAGUCGGGGAACUCGGCCAAAUCGACGGGUAUAAAGAGGUUGAGGUGGGUCCAGGAGGUGGGGUUGUUGGUAGGGAGCUCGGUCAAUUGGGGUGCUUUUGGGUGUUCGGGGUAUGUUAGGGUUUGGGACCCCAGGUCGGGGGAGGUGGUGUGGGAGAUGAGUGAGCCGGGUGGAAUGGUUAGGAGUAGUAGGAUGGGGGAUACCAUGGCGGAUGUUGAUGUUGACCCGGAAGGAUUGUUUUUGGCCAAGAUGGGUUCCAGGUCAGGGGAUUUGGGUGUGGCGGAUUUGAGGAUGUUGGGUUCGGAUCCGUGGGUGUAUAUGGAGGAUACCAACCCGGGGUUGAAUGGUAAUUGGAAGGUUGGGGGGAAUGUAGUGGUGCAUUGUUACAAGGGGAAUGUGUAUGUUGGGAGAGAUGGGGAGUUGGAAGCUUGGUCGAGGGUGCGAGGCCGAGAAGUUGUUGUGGAGGGAGGAGGAGGGGAGAGGAGGUGGGGUGUGUAUAGAAGGAAUUAUGUAGAUAAGGUGGAGGAUUCCGAGAGGGGUAUCAUACAAAGGAUUGAAGGUGGUGGGGAUAGGCUCUUUGUUAGUAGGGAAGGUGUUGAAGGUGUUGAAGUUUGGGAGACUUCUCAUUCAUCGGGUGUUAAGACGAUUUUAUGACCUUAUGAUUCGAAUGCGAUGUUACUAUAUGUGGUUUGAGUGACUCAAUUCAGCUGCCAUAUACCGAUGAGGAGAGGCAUAUCACGCCGGAAUUACGAGAUGAUUCAGUGUUUUUCAGUGCCAUCUAUCUCUUGAAAUGAUGGUAUGCGGUUAAUUCGAAGAGCCGCAGGACAUCUAGGCUCAAUGCUUUUUUAGCAAAAUCGCAGGAUCUGCUCGUAGAUUUUUGGCUGUGUGAUUCCUGUUCCAGCCCUUAUGCUUCUUGCGUCUCGAGUCACCAGCAGAUACAUGUUACAGACUUUGGCUUUUCCUUAAUUAGAGGAAAGGGUUCCAGGGAUUUGAUAUUAAUCCAAAAUGUGGAUGAAUCAGUUGUCCUUUUUCGUUCACUUUGAACUGAACUUUUAAAAGGUGAUAUGGCCAUGAUUGGCAAAUACCGCUAACAGUCAAAGCCAGGAGGAAGAUUGAGAAGGAUUAGUUCUGACAGUUUCUAGUUCUGGGUGUACAAAUAGGGUGACAACGGCUACUGAGCCCCCCUUUUCCGUACAAACUCUUCCAGAGGCCUUCCAUUAAUGAGCAUCCAACCCAAGUUUAAGUAAAGUGGCCUCCAGAUUGUACCACCCAAGCCGAUUACAAGUUGUCGACAUGAGCUUUGACUUGUUUUCAGAACUAUAUUUUCCCCUACAAAUUAGUUCAAGAAUUCUGAGAAUGUUUUAUUGAAGUUACCAUG